AUGGCUGAAAUAUUUUUGGAAAUAUUUUCUCUGACUGAUGUAUGUCAAGCGCCAAUUGAAACAGUAAUCGCAUUGCUGACAAUAAAAUACUGUAACUCACCAUUGGAAAUAACACUCGUGCGAAGUGAAAAAAAAUCAAACGUACGCGAGUACGUGAUUAAAAUAAAUAAUUUGAAAUACAACGUUCUAGACAAUUGUGAUAUCCCGUAUGACGUAAAAUCAUGCGAGCUGCCAAAUUUAAUGUACAAUUCAUCGAGUAUAAUUGCCGGUCUCUGUGCUUGUUUAAGGCAAAUUGUUAAAUUAUCAUCGAUGGAAAAUAUAAAUAUAAAUUCCGACUAUCGUAAUCUGUUGGGUUUCAAAGAGUCUUGUCUACUAGCGCCCGCAGAGGCCAGCGUUUGGACGAAAUACUGUGAGGUAGAUUUAAUAUCAACGUUAAAAUAUUUAAGCGACGAUGAUAUUGAUAAUUUAACAGAACUUCCGGUGAAUAUCGUAAGAUUUGAAGUACACAUGUCCCAGCCAGUGCGCAUACACAACAUCCACAAGUAUACAAUGUCAAAAAAAUUUGCUAAUCAAGUAAAACAUGAUGAUAACUUUAUUUUAGAACAUGUUUAUGCUGAAGGUUCAUUUAUGACACUAGCAGAUAUUAUUAUAUUUAUUUGCAUUUAUAUUUUUGUAAAUUUAGUAUCGAAGGAGUCAGUAUUCAAAUUAUUGCCACUGACGGCUAAAUGGUACGAGCGAAUGUCCAGCGAUCAAUUAAUAAAGUGUCUAAAUUUAAUUGAGUUGCAAUCAACUCCGAGUAAUAGAAACUAUUCGUUGCCUAUUGUUUCGGAUUACAGCCUUUAUAAAAGUGAUAAAAAACGUUACAAACCCCGGAGUAGAAUUUACACCCGGCAGGAUGACAUUGAAAACUCAUUGGCGCUGGUUAAAAAUAUGGAAAUCGAUAUUAAAAUAAACAGGAGCGCUGAUGAUAAAGAUGCUGAUGAUGAUGGAGUUUAUGGAGUAAAUAAUGAGGUGAAUAUUGAUUGGGAUAAAAUUCCUUACGAAGCGACACCUGAAGGUGGGUCUCUACCGCAGACUCGUUUGACAAGAAAAUUUCAGCAGCUUGAAAAUUUAAGCAAACCUGUAAUUAAAUUUUCACGUCCUGGUGAUGUCAUUGUUGACUUUUGCUCCGGAAGUGGACAUUUAGGUAUUUUGAUAGCGUAUUUAUUGCCAAAGUGUACAGUCAUUUUGCUAGAAAAUAAAGAAGAAUCAUUGAACCGGUCCCGGGAACGAGUUGAUAAAUUAAAUUUGAAGAAUAUUAAAUUUUAUCAAUGUAAUUUAGAUUAUUUUAAGGGAGAUUUUGAUAUCGGGACAUCGUUACAUGCAUGUGGUGUUGCCACUGACUUAGUUAUUCAGCAUUGUCUUCGUAGCAAGGCUAUUUUUGUCAGCUGUCCCUGCUGCUAUGGUUCAAUCCAAGACUGCCAUCACAUAACGUAUCCAAGGAGUAGUAUAUUUAAGGACAGUAUCAAUGUGAGAGACUAUUUAAUUGUUGGUCAUGCUGCUGACCAGACUCACGAUGAUAAAAACGCUAAAACACAGCAGGGUUACGAGUGUAUGAAAGUAAUAGACACUGACAGAAAAUUGCAAGCUGAGGAAUUUAAUUACAAUGUUUAUUUAAUGAAAUUACAACCGGAUACUUGUACACCAAAAAAUCAUUUAUUGAUCGGAAUUCCUAAAUUUAAAUUUAUCAAGUGAUUUAUUCGUUUUUCUAUACAUUAUGUAUUUGUAAAUAAUUUUUAUUUCUUGUAAAUUAAAAUUAUUUUGAUAAUUUAAUUUCGCGGUUCAUUUUUUCGUGAAUUUUAU